CUUUUGCUACAGAAACCCGGUCCGUUUUUCUCAGUUUUCUCAGUAGCUCAUACACACCCACAGAGAAACACAGAGACACAGAAACCAUUGAGCCAGCGAAAGCGAAAGCGAAAGCAUUCUCGUCGAGCAACUCACCAACUCCGCCGCGAUCGGCUUCGAUGCCUUUUCUCCGAUUACUCUCCCCAUAACCAGCUCAGAACUCGAUUACCGGAAUCCAUGGCUCUGCCUCUGGUCAAGGUCGGGAUUCUCGUCGGUGCAGGCAUUCUUGGUUCGUACCUUGCUAAGGAAGGACGUGUAUCUGAUGUGGUCUCUGGUGCGUUCAAGAUUGCUUGGAAGCAAAUGCGAGACGAUAAAAGUAAAACUCCCUCGGUUAAGAAACCAUCCAACGAUGCUUUGAUGGCUCAGAUGAACAAAAUACGGCAGGAGCUGCAGUCAUAUUCGUCAAGUGGACCAAUUACAAUUGUAACUGGGAGUCGAACAGGUGCUAGCAGAUAUGGUAUAAUUAUUGUUGUAGUAGUGGCAGGAUAUGGCUACUUUUGGUGGAAGGGGUGGAAACUUCCUGAUAUGAUGUUUGCAACAAGACGUAGCUUAGCUAAUGCUGGCAAGUCUUUUUCUAAACAGAUUGACGGUGUCUUUUCAUCGAUUUCAGUCACCAGGCGACAAUUAUCUUCAAACUUGGAUGGUGUGGACCGUAAUUUAGCUGAGAGUAUUGAAACUACUGUUAGGACACAACAGGAGGUUAUUGAACUACAAGGAAAAACAGAUUCCAUCAGCACGGAUUUUAGAAAAGUUCAACAUGCAGUGCUGACUCUGGAAACUAAGAUUAACAGAAUAGAAGGCAAGCAGGAUUCAACUAAUGACGGAGUGUGGAGGUUGUGUGACUAUGCCAAGAGAUUGGAAAAUAGCAGAGCCACAGAACGUAUUCAGGCAUCACCGUCCAACUCUUCUAGGCGACCUCUUGAACUACCGCCAGCCUCACCCUCAUCUUUGGUGACACCACCGAAGUCCUCAAGGCCAGCACUCGAGCUACCCCCAGCAUCACCCUCAAGAACUGGCUCUUUGCCUCAUGUUUUAGAAUCUGAACCACGUUGCUUGGGUUCCAAUGGAAUUCAGGAGAAUAAUGGAAUUUCAGAUGUGUUUGACCCAUCAGCUUUGGAAAGCACAAGCAAUGGAGCUUCCAGUUCUGGUCGAUUUGGGUUUAAGUACCCAACCUCUAAUACUUCAACAAUCCUAAGGACGCGAAGCGCUACAGUUGGGAUGCUGCAACAGAAUCGAUCAGCCAGUAGACAGUUCUGAUGAUCUUUGUAUAGGUCUGCCGUUAAAAUAUAUUCAUAUCAUAAAUUAUUGGUCUCCCUUUGGGGGAAACAAGCCUUGAGCCAUCAGACUGGUUAGGUUUGAGUGCCAACCUCAGAUAUAGUUAGUACCUUAGUGCCCAAGUCAAAUUCAUUGUAACUGGAUUGGGUACUGAAUUUUGCAGAGUAGUUGGCAGGUUUUAAUGGUUAUUAAAGAUUUUUAGUAUUGUUAAA